GGCGCGCUGGAGUCGCUAGACCGCAGGCGGAAGUGCUCUCGGCGGAAGUGCCCGCCCUGCUCGGCUUGGGUGGGGAUGGCCGCAGGUCGGUUCCUUCUGCGUCGCCUCCGAGCGUCUUUCCGUUCCCUGCUGCGGAACGCGCUCGUGGACCUGCCACACGCCAGGGCCAUGCACGACGGGGGCGGCCCCCGAAGGCUCUGCAUUGAAGGCAACAUCGCUGUGGGCAAAUCCACCUUUGUGAAGCUACUCACGACAACUCACCCGGAGUGGCAGGUGGCGGCAGAACCUAUAGCAGCGUGGCAGGAUAUCCAGGCUGCUGGAGCCCAAAAAGAUGGAACUUCCAAACGUCUUGGAAACUUGCUAGAAAUGAUGUACCAGGAGCCAGCACGAUGGUCCUACACAUUCCAGACCCUUUCCUUCAUGAGCCGUCUGAAAGUGCAGCUGGAGCCCAUCCCGGGGAGACUCCUGCAGGCAGAGAAGUCUGUGCGGGUCUUUGAGAGGUCUGUGUACAGUGACAGGUAUAUCUUUGCAAAGAAUCUAUUUGAAAAUGGCUCCCUCAGUGACGUUGAGUGGCAAAUCUAUCAGGACUGGCACUCCUUUCUCCUGCAGGAGUUUGCAAACCGGCUUUUGAUACAUGGCUUCAUCUAUCUCCAGACUUCACCCCAGGUUUGUAUGGAGAGACUCUACCAGAGGGGCAGAGAAGAAGAGAAAGGCAUUGAGCUGGCCUAUCUUCAACAGCUACAUAGUCAGCACGAAGACUGGUUUAUUAACAAGACUACCAAGCUCCACUUCGAAGCUCUGCAGCAUGUGCCAGUGCUGGUGCUGAAUGUCACUGAAGACUUCUCUGAAAAUGCCACCAGACAAGAAGAGCUCAUGGGACAGGUAAACACCUUUAUGAAGAACUUGUAAGCAAUAAGUACACAUCUUGGCUGUGGUCUGGGCUCUGACCUUCUCAGAUGUUGACCUCUAUUCAUCCUGCUAUGCACAUCCCCUUGACCCUUCAUGCACCCCCACACUUGGGUGUGUGCUGUCUUUGUACUGCUGUUGUAUUUUUUUUUUUAAUCUCAAGCACUUUGAAAUAAAGCUGACUUUGCUAUUUUUCUA